UGUGAUGAAUUAAAAAUGGCUGAAAUAUCGAAGAGUGCAGAAUAUCAGAGUUUCAGAAGCUCGGUACCGCAGAGAAAGAUUGUUGUUGACGAUGACAACAGUAAAGAAUGGAUUUUGUACGACGCUGGGCCUCGCAGUGUCAAAUGUCCGCUCUUCUGUUUCCCUCCUGCGAGUGGGACAGCCGACGUCUUCUUCCGCCAGCUGUUAGCGCUGUCAGUCGCAGGAUACAGAGUCAUUGCCGUUGAGUAUCCGGUCUACUGGACAAUGACGGAAUUCUUACACGGCUUCCGGCGACUACUCGAUCAUUUACAACUAGACAGAGUUCACAUUUUUGGAGCAUCCCUGGGUGGAUUUUUGGCCCAAAAGUUUGCUGAAUUUUCCUGUAGAUCUCCAAGAGUGGCGUCCAUUAUUUUGUGCAAUUCAUUUUAUGACACAGCAAUAUUUAAUCAGACCAGCUCGGCAACUACGUUUUGGAUGAUGCCUGCGUUGUUCCUGAAGAGGAUGGUCAUGGGCAACUUUAACAAGGGGAUGAUGGACAACGGAAUUGCUGACUCCGUGGAUUUCCUUGUAGAAAAGCUGGACCAGUUGUCUCAGCCAGAGCUGGCUUCGAGGUUGACCCUCAACUGUAUGAGCUGUUACGUGGAGCCACAGAAGUUAAGCAAUGUUACCAUUACUGUUAUCGAUGUGUUUGAUGACUGCGCUUUAUCGACCGCCGUCAAGGAAGAGAUGUACAAAUGUUACCCGAGUGCCAAACGGGCUCAUCUCAAAUCUGGCGGCAACUUUCCCUAUCUCAGUCGUAGUGUUGAAGUGAAUAUAUUCAUUCAGAUUCAUUUACAACAGUUUUUGGAAACUCCUUACAGAGCCAAAGAACUAACGGAUGAGGAGCAGGAGAAUUUGAAUACACAGGAUUGUAUUGUUGAACGCAACAGUGUCGUCGGACAGGACAGUGAUACGCUUAAUGUGUAUUCCCGUCUCCGAUCUCAACCGCUGCUCUAUCCCGUGUUUGUUGAUUCGUUUCCACGCACUCGGAUCAUAGUGUUUCCUCAUGUGAGUCCGAACAGACUGAACACAAACAUCUGCCCACAUGAUCUGUUCACGAUAGCUGCAGUUACAGCUGCAAAUAAUGUAAUUUUGAAGAAAAAAAUCUCGAUGUCACAAGGCUCCUGCUGUUUCUGUAAGCGACAAAAGAAGGUAUCACCCUCGCCAGGCAUUUAUGAUGGGUACGAAAUCGUAGAAAUUCGCAACAAACGAUAUCUGAGAAUUCUGCAUCUGAACCCAAAACCACGAGAUGAGAAGUUUGAAAAAGAUAUGCAAAGCUACUUGCGUAUCAAGGAACGUGGAUGUCAUCCCAUGCCCACAAUGUCAGGUCCGCUUAAGAUGCCGAGAAGGAGAAUGUCAAUCAAUCAGAAUGCAUUACCAGAAGUGCCUGCCGAUCCCCAUUCUGAGGCACAGACUCCUGUAUUACCUGGGGACAGUACGGGUAGUCCAUGGUUUUCUAAAGAAUCUUCAUUCAGAAACACAACGCCAAGCGUGGGCGAGAAGACACCUGCAGCUGUGAGGUCAGCAUCAGGAGUGCAGGUUGCCGUCAAUCAUAAGAUGUCCGGUACUGCGCCAGCCGAAAAUGGGACUGUACCGAAUCUGGAGAACCCCAUUCCUCGUGAACUUACCGACCAAGAUUUGAAGCUUCAGGAGAAUCUGACUGAGCUACACGAUCAACACGAUUCAUGCUCCAUUCAGGAUCUUGUGUUGUUUUUCCUCCAUGGGGUAGGAGGGUCCAGUGACAUUUGGAAACCACAGUUGAAUUAUUUUUCGUCUCUGGGGUAUGAGAUUGUUGCUCCCGACCUGAUUGGCCAUGGACUGAGUUCAGCUCCGAGAAAUCAAAGUGCCUAUCACUUCGAUGAAAUAUUGGCAGAUCUUACAGCGGUGUUUGAUAAAAACUGCAAUAGAAAAAAUGUCAUAAUUGCUCAUUCUUAUGGAUGUUCCUUUGCUGCUGUCCUCGGUCGGCAUCGGUCCCGACGGGUGACGAAACUCGUGCUGAUCAGCGGAGGGAGCCCCACCCCUCUGUGUCCCCAACCCGGUGUCUUCACACUCCCACUGUGUAUGCUGGCCUGUUUACGACCCUGUGUGCAGUGUAGAUACAAGAAGGGAGCGUUAAACAGUACAAAGGAGCCGGCGAUCCCCCCAGAGGAGGCGUUUGCGAUCCCGACCUACGUUCUACAGCACACUAUGAACGGACAGAUCUGGCCAGAGGGUGACGAGUUCUUUCACAACUGGCUCAUGUGUCCCGCUCUGCUCAUCUACGGACUGCGCGACCAGCUAAUCUCUCUGGAGGAGGAGAAAGAUAUGGAGGAGGCUAUAUACGACUCGCACCUUGAAGUGAUAGAAGAUGCCAGUCAUAUGGUGAUGAUUGAGGUGCCGGACAAGGUGAACGACCUCAUACACACGUUCCUCCAGCACGGUUUGAACACGGAGCUCACACUCAGCCCCAAACACGAGCCGACUGAGCGGAGAUACAGCUGUAUUUCUCAACAGUCCAUGAAGUCGGCAAAGUCAGGAGGAAAAACGAUGAGAUAACAAAAAUAUUUUGAUUAUUAUCGGAGUUGGUCCUAAAGGAGGUUGACGAACCCUUAGAAUACGUGUUGAAGAGUGUAUUUAUGUUGUGAGACUGACCAAGUCUUGAUAAUAUGGUUAAGGUUGUUGUUAUAAUAAAGCUCGUCUGGUCAUAUUCGGCACUGACUGUAUGCAAUUAUAUGGUGUUUGUUUCUUCUAUAUGGGCCAGAAUGUUUAUUGUAGGGGGGUCUAGGAGAACUCAAAAACUAGGGUUCAGCGGCUUUAAAAACAACAAAUUGUUACUGUUACUUUAUUUACAUGCCUAUAUCCAAAAGAGGUUCAGGCACAUCAAAUUGUAAACUGCUUGAAAGAUUAAUCUGAUUAUCUCCCUUCGAUUAAACAGGGUUUUUGCUUGUUCACCGUUACUGAAUUAGACAUUAUGAGUUCAAAUCAAAAAAAUUUCAUUGGUAAAAUGAAUUACAUAUGUAUUUCCAUUGAUGCAUUAUGAUGUUCAUGCAGGGUAGAUGCAAGAUAUAUGGUUUUGAUAAACCUUUUAAUAUUAUGGGGGAAAGUGUCUCGAUUAGUUCCAAACUUAGUUUUGAAGAUAAUUCAAGGUGCUUCAUCUCAAUUGUUUGGUCUUUUAUAGCAACUGUGAUAAAAGUCUUGGCUGUGAUAAUAUAUGUUUUCUUUUUUCUACAAAAUAAAAUUAUUGUCACCAA